AUGUCUUGUACCCGAGCCCGUAAGCGAAGACGUACGGAAGCAUUGCAAGAGUCCACCAACGAGAAUGUAGACCCAUCGUACGUGGCGGAAAAAAUGAGCCCGAAGGACGAUAUUCCCGAAAUGCCGCUGGAGGAGGUCGUGGAAACAGCCCCUGCUGUCGAAGCCACCGUGGACGAGCCGGCUCAGCCACAGGAGAGAUCCGCGAAAGAGCAGGAGAUUUGGGAUGCUUUCAAAGAGGAACAUUAUGAAGUUCUCGAGCAGUUGCCGCUAUCCCUCCACCGCUCCUUUGCAUUAAUCCUCGAGUUAGAUCAACAAGUACACAAUCACCAAGAAGAGCUAUUACCCACUCUGCUCCAGUACAUCUCGGUCAGGAAGAGCUUGGAAACUGGACAAACCAAGGGCGAGCUACCACAACAGGUUAGCAAUGGAGACAGCACUCAAAAUCCGCCACCUGAAGGACCAACACCCACCGCUGCAGAGCAUGAUAAGCCGGUUGUGUCGUCUCGGCAACUGUUGAUGAAAGCUGCGCAGUUAUCCGAAGAGAUCGUGCGUGCGUCCAAUGAGAAGGUGCAUGUCGCACGAUUCACGUACGACUUGGUGGACCGGUAUAUCCGCGAUUUGGAUCGCGCUAUCAAGGAACAGGAAACGUCGAUAUCUCUUGGUCUUCGCCCUGGGACGUACCCAGCGUCCAUAGCUUUGCCAGAUUCCAUGCUUCCGCCGAGCGUCUCUGAGUCGCUCGCUCUACAGCUCCCACAGCCAGAACCAGCAACCGCCAUGAAGGCGGACCUUCUUGCACCACAAGCAGCUCCUGUUGAACCGCAGGAGCCAACAGUGGAAGUGCAACGCGAGAAGUCGCCUGUCCCUGUACAGCUAGCGGCGCUCGGACGUCUGCGCAGAAGAAAAGGCAACGGCUGGGGCAGUUCAAAGAAGAGGAAACACACGGCAACUUCGGUUGAGUUGGGCAUUAAAACGGAUGCGGCGGCUGUCGCUGCUCCUACAGGGCUGAAGCUUGUACUGCCGCCGUUGGGUACGUCUCAAUUGGCGAUGAACGCGAGCGACCUGCCUAUUGACCCGAACGAGCCGCGCUAUUGUUUCUGCAACCAAGUGUCGUAUGGAGAGAUGGUAGCAUGUGAUCGCGAAGGGUGUGAACGCGAAUGGUUUCACCUCGGUUGCGUCGAUCUCAAGGAAGCACCUCCCAAAGAUAAAGAAUGGUUCUGUCGGGUAUGUGAGCCGAUUGUCAAGGCCGAAAGGGAGGGCAAGAAGCUCGGCAAGGGCAAAGAGAGAGGAAAGAAGGUCCAUUGA